CACCCUGGCACGGCCCCCCACCCCUCCAUCUCCCCACUCCGCUGCGUUUCAACUCCUGCUACAACACGCAGGGGUGCAAUCGCAGGGCAACACAGGCGCACACAGACGCACCCACGACUCACGCGCACACAUCCGCGCGUUGCCACAGCCUCCAGCAUGCAGCAGCGCAGCGAGCACCAACUCCGCGCGUAGGAGGCGAGAGAGAGAGAGAGAGGAUUGUGAGAAGUGCUUUUUGUUCCUCUUCUUGUUAUGCUAUAAACUCAGUUUGCGUCUACGUAGAUUUGAAUGCGCGUCAAGGAGCGUGCCGCUUGUGGAGCACGCCACGGUCGUGCGAAGUUGUGAGUAAUGUAGCCGACUUUUGUUUAAAAAGAGUUCUGCUUCUACGGACCAACCAACCAUCACCACCGCCAGCAGCAGCAUCAACGACCGUGCCACGCUCGAGAACAAGACGAUCUCCGUGGAUCUCCUCCCCCGUGUGCUCCAUCAAGGAGCCCGCUCGCUCGCACCAACAUCACCGGCGGUGCAGGGCCAUGCCGUGCUGGAGGAGGCGGGCGUGCAGGCUGCCUGCCUGGGCUGCCCUCUGCUACCUGACGUUGACGCUGCUGCUGCUACUGCUGUGCCCGCACAGGGCGCAGUGCCAUGUCGACAACUGCAACUGGAAGGGCAGCGGCCUCACCGACACUCUCAUCGCUCCGGGCACGGCGAGCAUCGUGCAGCUGUCGCUGCACUGCGCGCAGGGCUCGCUCGAGUGGCUCUACCCGAGCGGUGCCCUGCGAGUGCUGCUGCACGCGCCGGCGGGGAUGGCGCGGGGCGGGCGCCUCGUCGUGUGCCUCAAGCCCCUGCCGGGCUCGCACGGCGCGAACGUGUACGUGGAGCGGCCCGGCGAGCUGCAGCUGGCGGUGGACGAGGCGUCGGGCGGCUCUGACCGCGUGUACUGCGUGCCCGCGGGCCACGGCGAGCGCGACGACGGAGGGGCCGCCACGGCGCUCUUCAUCCAGGCGGUGCCGCAGACCGACAUCAGCCGCAAGGUGACGGCGCUGCGCUACGAGCUGCGGCCCGAGGGAGCCCAGGUGGUCGUGCCGGGCCGGGACGCGGGCGACCCCGACGAUGCCUGCAGACCCUGCAGCGAUGCGGAAAUGCUGAUGGCUGCCUGCGUCAGUGACUUUGUGGCAAAGGGUGAAAUCACGUCUGUGUCACACGACAAGGGAGAAGGCCAGUCCAUCGUCAGAGUCUCCGUCGUCAAAGUAUUCCAGCAAAAAGAGGAGAUUUUUCAGCAGCAAAGGACUGCGGGGGAUGGGGCGAGAACUCUGGGAGAGCAGCAGAGGACUCUGGGAGACGAGCCGAGGAUGCUGGGGGAGGUGCGGACGCCGCUUUGGUGCGGUGUGAAGCACGGCGAAGGCACGUUCCUCUUCACCGGAGGGCUGCACUUUGGUCAGGCGUGGCUUGGCUGCGCGCCCUGGUACGAAGGGUUCAGGAGGGCAUACGAGCAGGCACGAUCCACCGGAGACAAUCCCUGCGAGCUGCAGCUCGACUGAAGGUGGCCGUUCAGGCGGAAGAGACUCUUGGUCGCUCCGGUUGGAGAAUGGAGGACUGUGACGCGUGUGCCCGCCACCACGAUGGACAGAAACGUGCUUCUCUCUGACGUGUCGUGGGGUCGUGCCGGGCGCGUGGUGUCGUUGUUGUUGUUCAGCACGAUUCCUCACGUUUCACUGCACGUGCCCGGGAGCUUCGAGAGGACUGAUGCGGGGUUUUUUCCCCGGCAGGUGUGGCGUGCUCCCAGCACGUGGAGGGAAAUGCCGCACGUCGUGCCUAACAAAUGCAUGUGGGGGGGGGGGGGGGGGAGGGGAGAGAUGGUACCGCCAAACCGCAAAAACCUACGUCGCCGUUUUGUUCCCCGUUUCCGUUCUUCCGCUGACUUCAGACUAAUCACAGCUACCGCUUCCGCUGCCUGUUUUACUGCCAAAAGUUAUCAGCUAAGAAAACACAACUCUGCAUAGUUGGUGCGAUCAUUUACUAUGGAGAAAACUGCAGUGCAAUUACUUGGUUUUAAGUGGGAAGCUUUUUUUAAAGAAUAAUAAUUAACGGACAUAAAAGUGUCGAUUCAUAUUUUGUGCAAGAUCUAAUUUAAACAUGUUUUAGGUCCUGUUCAUCAGCGGAAUUGUCGAGAAAUGGUACAGAACCGUAGCUUUUGCCUGCAACACUUAAAUUAUUUCUUAAUAAAUAAGGAUAGGUGAGAAGCUGAGUCAUUCAUUGAUUCAGGAAGUUUAAAAUCUAUGAGGUCCUGUGCUCUGGAAUCAUUUUAAUUGCACAUUUUAACUAGCUUCUGUUUUUCCACAAUGACAAAAACUAACCAUUCCUCCUGAAUAAAGAAUUUGUCUUUUAAAAAAAAAAUUCAGCUGCAAAUAAAGCAUUGAUUGCCUCUUUGGUAUUAAAAACAUACAUUCACCUGAUAUCUUUUUACAUUUUGGCAAAUCACUCGCGAAUUUUACUGUUGUGCUAAACGAAGCAUUCAAAAGAAAGUAUUUAUAUUGAAAAAUGUGAUGAUGGGGGAGCAAAGGGGGAAAAGUUAAAAUAUCAUAUAUAUAAUUGCAUUAAACGUCUCGCGUGAAAAACAAUGCUUUUUUAAGUACAAAUUAAAGUGCAGAACACAACCCAAUACACUUUGUUAAAACCACUGCCAGUGUUUGGUACGUACUACAUCUGCUCGUUUUAUUCUUUGUAGUAGAGUUUCAACUUAAUUGGCUGCAUUGGCCGAUGCAAUACAGAGCGGGCUUGAAUGUAAUGGAAGAUCUUUAUCAGCACUUUUAUAUACUGCAUUGUUUUUGCUGCAGCGUCUCUUCUCCACGAACAGACAACAACAACAACAACGCAGCUACGUCGCCCUCCUGCUAUUUCAGAGUGAAGAGAUGAAUAAACCCUCCCAACAACCAGCUCGGUGUAAUAAUUACUCGUGGUACUGCCAAAACUAAACAUAAAUCGCAAGUUAAUUGUUGAAAGUGACGUUUUUUUUCUUGCUUCAUUUUUUACAAAUUUGGAGCUUUUAUAUUGUUGGCGUUUUUGGCCGAUGGCAUUGAGAGUGUGAAUGUUGUACAUAGUGUGUGGGCUUAGCGUGUACAUGGAGAUGCAAGUGUUGCCUGUCGAUACAAGCUGGUGGGAAUCGUGUGGUUCACUGGCAGAAUAGCAAUUAGCAAACGCGGUGCUCUCUGCUUCCAGAUUUUCAAUUAAAGAAACUUUUCUUUCA